GAAACUUGAAUUCAAUCCAUGCUCACUUCUUCUCCACCUUUCGCUGACAGAUUCCAUAAUUUGACGACCGUCGCCGGUUAUCAAUUGCUUUGCUGAUACUCCUCAAGUUUCCGAAGAAGGACUGAACCGUCGCCCCAAUGGCUCACCGUCACAUUCGAAGAAACGAGUUCAACUGUCCCUUCGACUAUGUCCAAAUUGAUGGGCUGGCUGUGAUGAAAAUAAUCAAACACUGCUAUGAAGAACGGACAAAUAUUGACACGCCUCGAGGUGGUAUUCUCGGACUUGUCAUCGAAAAUCGUCUGGAAAUUACCAACACGUUCGCCUUCCCCUUUACAAAAGCGGGCGAGGAAUCCGUUGACGAAGAAUACACCGCUACGAUGAUGAUGCACAUGAAGAAAAUUAACCAGGACUAUUUACACGUUGGAUGGUAUCAAGCUUGCGAAUUGGGAGCAUUCGUGACUAGUGAAUUCGUUCUCGCUCAACACGGCUAUCAGGAUUCGAUUGAAGAGUCAAUUGUUAUCAUUUACGACCCCGUGAGAACAGCAAAGGGGUUUCUAACAUUAAAGGCGUAUCGACUAACUCCUGCGGCGCUGAAGCUGUUGGCAGAUGGGAAUGAAAACACAAUCACUCCAGAAUUUGUCAAGUCUUUGCACUUGAGUUAUGAUAAAUUGUUUCAUGAAGUUCCCAUAAUGAUUCGAAACUCGCCAUUGGCUAAUGCUCUGUGCUGUCAAUUACUGGAAAUGAAACCCGAACGUGCAACACAAUUCUUGGAUUUAGGAACUGGUUCUGUUUUGCAAAAUCAUAUGAAGUUCAUGUUAGAGAAAGUAGAUGAAGUCCACCAAGAGUCUUACAAGAUGAAUAAAUGGCAAAUGCAAGUUUCCAAACAACAACAAGAAAAGGCUAAAUACAUUCAUCAAAAGAAUUUGGAAAAUGCAGCCCGUCAAACAAAAGGAGACCCUGCUCUUCCUGAGGAGGAUUUAUCAAAGAUUUUCAGACCAAUUCUUCCCCCAACUAGACUCACCCCCAUGUUGCUGUCUGGUCAAGUUGAUUUGGCUAGUCAACAAAUUAAUGCAUUCUGUUCACAAGCCCUUGCAAAGCUUUUCCUCAGUGAAUCUCUUGCACAAACCAAUUGUGAAACAUCGAACUGAAGGAAUUAUACCAAAAUAAAAUUCAUGUUGGUAUUGGGAUGUAAACCAGACAAGUUUUUUUCUGAAAGUAUUUGCAAGUUAGUUUGUUAAGAUUUUGGAGUUCCAAAAUAUGAAAAUAAAAUUUUAUAUUUCUUUGAUUGGAACGAAA